UAUGUCCGAUUUGUUGAAAAACACAACGGUCAGCAUAUGGCAUGCAUUUAAUGCAUUGCAACAAAUUCAAAAUGUUUCGGUUCACAAAUCAAAACUAAAGGUGCUCACAGCCAACCUCGGAACAUUAUUAGAUUUACACUCUGUUGAAAAAGGAUUAGAACAUUUUCAGUCAACUCCGUAUUUAAAUUUUGAGAAUUUUGUUUAUUAUUUGGAUCGAGAAGUAUUCAGUGCUCUUCCAAAAGAGUUGUCUUCCACACUCUUAAAAGAAUAUGGAGAAAAAAUAGAUGAGGUGUGCUGGUUAGUUUGUCAUCGCAAAUAUGUCGAUCGGCAGAGGAAGGUUAUACCCGAGGACAGCAUUUAUAAAUUAUUUAGAAUAUUUUGUUUAUUAGCUGAAUUAAUUACGGAGGAGAAAAAUGAAAACAAAUUUGAGGCUUUACUGCAUAUUUCGGAGGCGAAGCAAAUUUGUGAGCGCCUCGUACAAACUUUGGGAUUGCAAUGGGAUGAAUCAAAUUGGAUCGAAAUCAUGUCCCCGAUUUUGGUUCUCCCGUUUUCUAUGUUUUUGGCAAUUAUCGAAAAGAAAUAUUGCGGAGAGGGUACUGUUGACGAAAUUGCCUUAUCAGAAGCUAUUGACGAAUUGUACCAAACAUACGUAGAAGACGUUGUAAAAAAGGGAUAUUUAUAUAAAAAGGGAAACUUACUGCCAUCAAUGAAAGAAUAUUGGUUUCUCCUCCAACCCAAUGUAUUAACAUAUUACAAGGAUUCAAAUGGCAAAGAAGUUUGUGGAUCAAUGCCAUUGGAUCCAUCAAGUUUCGUAACUCCAAUAAAUGAAAAAGAUUGUCAAAAAAUGCAAAAUAUGCAAAGAAUGAAUCUUGUAACAGGAGACAAAGUGGUUGAAUUGGCGGCGGAAGAUCACAAAACGCGUUUGCAAUGGAUAACAGCAAUUCAACUGGCAAUAAUGUAUUCGAAUGGAAUUAUCGGCUACCAAAGAUCAAUGGCAAUGGAAAGGCGAAAACAGAGGGAACAACAAUCAAAUCAGGAGUUAACAAAACGAUCAGAAGAAGCCAAAAGAAUUGCAAAUCAUGUUCAAGAAGUCGAAGAAACUCGGGCGCAGUUGUUGCGAGAGAAAUUGGCCCGAGAGGCUGCAGAGUCCCAAGCACAAAAAUUGCAAGCAAUCGCAGAGGAAGAAUCGCAAAAAGUCCGGGAAAUGCAAGACGCCCGCAUGAAUUUAGAACGAAUGCUCGAAGAAGAAACUCAGGCCAAACGUGAUGAAGAAAUCGUACGAGCGCUCCAAGCCAGGGAACUUGCUGCUGAAUGGAAAAGGCGUGAAGAAUUGGAACGAUUACAAGAAGAGCAAAGAUGUCUUUUAGAAGAAGAGCGUAGAAAAAGGCAAGAAUUUGAACAAAUACAACACGAAAAGGAAGGUCAACUGAUAGAAGCUAAAAAACGUUUAAAAGAAUUAGAACAGCAACGAGAGAAAUUGGAUGCUGAGUUAAAAACCGCUCGAGAAAAAAUGUUGGCAUCAGAAGAAAGUAAAAACAAUUUAGCACCUCAGCUUCGGGAACUUACAAUAUCUAGAGAAAAAAAUAAACACAUGCGCGGCAGACGUGCAAUUUCUAUGGUGUCGACUAAUAAUACUCUGGAUUUUGAAAAGGAUACAUUUAGAGAUGAGAAAUCAAAUAAUGUUACUACUAGUUGA